CAGCAGAGUGAAAAAAAAAAAAAAAAGAAAUUGAGAGGGGAAAAAAAGAAAGAGAGAGGGAAAGAGAGAAUAAGGCUUUGCCUAUUCUCUUCUCCUUCUUUAAUGCUUACAGCGUCCAGUUUUCAAGUGGGUGCUUAAACUUAUUAUUAGUCUCUCUUUUAUAAAGUUUCAUCUUCGUCUUCUUCUGUUGGUUUUCCUCCGUUAGCUACCAUAAAGAAAAACGAAACGUUUCGUUCAAUGCCAGCUGGGCUUCGAUUUUGCUAUGGUGGUUGCUUUUCGCUUGACCCUUAAUGGCCUUCUUCUCUAAAUCUGUAGGCUCCUUAUGCAUUGUUGUUUUAUUUGGACGAUUUCUGAUGCUUGAUAUUUGUUGUUGAAUGAGGGAUUUCAAACGUCAAUAGAUGGAAUUAACGGUGAUCGGAAAUGUUAAUUCAUGACAGUGGACAUAGGGCGUUUUGUAUGCUAAGAGUUGAACCUCCAUUAUGUUGUUAUGGUAUCUCCACCCAAUGGGUUGUCUGAGGUUGUAUAGGCAUUAAUUGAAGUCUGGUCUUAACAUUGAAGAAAUAUGGAUUUUGAAUCAAAGAAGAGAUGGAAAUCUGUGGUGCCACGUCUUUUCAAAAACAAAUCAGCCUCUCGUUGUUUUUUCCCGAAGGUGAAGCCUGCUAGUUUCGAUCCAGGCUGUGCACCAGUGUAUCUCAAUGUAUAUGACCUAACUCCUAUGAAUGGCUAUUUUUACUGGGCAGGCCUUGGUAUCUUUCAUUCUGGCGUGGAAGUUCAUGGUGUGGAAUAUGCAUUUGGAGCUCAUGACUACCCAAGCAGUGGUGUUUUUGAGGUUGAACCACGACAUUGCCCUGGCUUCAAGUUCAGGAAAUCGAUAUUCAUCGGGACCACAUCACUGGACCCUAUCCAAGUAAGGGAAUUCAUGGAGUGCAAUUCGGCAAGAUACAAUGGAGAUACAUAUCACUUGAUCGUCAAGAAUUGCAACCAUUUCUGCAAGGAUAUUUGUCACAAGCUGACUGGGAAGCACAUACCCAAAUGGGUAAACCGACUGGCAAAAAUAGGUUCAAUGUGCAAUUGCAUUCUUCCUGAAGCCCUGAAAACUUCUGUUGUGCGACACGAUCCAAAUUAUCAACCGUACGAUAGUGAGAAGAGGAGACUGAGAUGUGCCUUCAGUUGCUUGUCUUCAGUGUCAAUGCGGCAGAAAUCUUCACUACUUCUACAAUCACCCUUAAGAGGCUGCCUACCACCAUGGGAAUCAAAAAAAUCGAACAAUGUAUUGUUGAAGGAAAGGUGAGGACAACUUUCAACAGCCA